UUCUGAAAAGCAGUGCGCAAGUUAAAGCUGCAGUUCUGUGUGUGUUUGACCAAUCAGUGACGGUCAUCCCUGCAAACCCCAAAAGUUCCUGUUCUCUCAGGCAGUACAACCCCUCUGACCGGGGACAAUUUGAGCAGGAAAAUGGCCCCAGAACUUAGUUUAGACCCUGGUCUCUGCUGGAGAACACACAAUGAGCUCUUUAAAAGGCUCCUGCAGAGUAUUGGCUUGUUUCCAGACCUAUGAGUCACCGUUUGUUCACUGUUGUUACUUUUCACAAAGUCUUUGUCGACAUAAAAUUCAUUAUCAAAUUGUUUUGUUUAUCCAAAUGUCUUUUUAAGAGAAAAUACCAACUAAAAAAUAAUAAGAAUUAAACCCCCUAUAUGGUUGUGUUCCUCCUUAUUAGAAAAUGCUGGAUGUUUUCACACUUCAUUCACAGUGAGAGGCGGGUUUACUCUUCUUGUCUGUUGGCUUCCUCUGUGGUAGACCUAUAGAUGCUGUUAACGACACCACUGGAUCACUAGAGACCUUUUCUGCUGUGCAGCUGUGUGAACCUGCUCACUCAGGAGAAUACAAAACCAAAGGAAUACAAUUUGAGUUCACUGAUGGCCGACUUUGGAGUGUUGACGUUUGCUGGAGACAGCUUUGAUCUUUCUGACCUUGAAGAAUAUGGCAAUUCCUCUGACGAUUACUAUUGUUGUGAUGAAGGGGAUUUGUGCGACCUGAAAGAGGGCGUGCAAUUUGAGGCGGUGUUCAUCCCGGUUCUCUACACUGUGGCGUUUGUUGUGGGCGUCCUGGGGAACGCAGUGUUGCUGGGAGUCCUGAUUCAGAGCAGGAAGGCCUGGAGUGUGACAGACACCUUCAUCCUCCACCUGGGUGUGGCAGACGUCCUGCUGCUGGUGACGCUGCCCCUCUGGGCUGCACAGGCUGCUCAAACUCAAGGAUGGACCUUUGGCACUCCUCUCUGCAAGAUCACAGGAGCUGUUUUUACGAUCAACUUCUACUGUGGGAUCUUUCUGCUGGCCUGCAUCAGUCUGGACCGCUACAUGUCCAUCGUCCACGCCACCCAGAUGUACUCCCGCAAGAAGCCCUGGGUCGUGCAGGUCAGCUGCUUGGCAGUGUGGCUCUUCUCCCUGCUCCUCUCCAUCCCUGAGUGGAUCUACUUGGAAGCUGUGAAGGAUGAGAGACGACAGAAAUCAGAGUGUAUUCGCAACUACUUCAAGUUUAACCCCGAGACGGUCGGCGUCUGGCGUCUGGCAUCCCGCCUGCUCUACCACAGCGUGGGCUUCCUGCUGCCUUCUGCCGUCUUGAUCUUCUGCUACUCCUGCAUCCUGCGCCGGCUGCGCUUCGGCUCCCAGGGCCUCCAGAAGCAGAAAGCGUUCAGGGUCAUCAUAGCCGUGGUGGUGGUUUUCUUCAUCUGCUGGACGCCGUACAACAUCACGCUGAUGGUGGACACGUUUCACACCAACAACAGCAGCGACACCUGCGGGGUCAGGACGUCUCUGGAGAAAGCCAAGAUCAUCACCUCCUCCAUUGGCUACCUCCACUGCAGCCUCAAUCCCAUCCUGUACGCCUUUGUGGGUGUGAAGUUCCGGCGCCAGCUCCUGGACAUCCUGAGGUCUCUGGGCUGCAAGCUGAAGACCACUGCCAUACUGCACUCUGUCGGUACCAGCAGGAGAACCUCCAUUUGGUCCGAGUCUGGAGACACCUCCAACUCCAUUGCUAUCUGAGAAAGAGAGAGAGAGAGAGAGACACACACACACAAACAUAUCAAGAUGCAUACAAUACUGAAAAAGGGGACCAAUACUGGAAGAAAUGGAGGGACUACAUAUACGAGAGGUGAUUGCAUAUUCUGUGUGGGAAAAUCUGUAUUUUUUAUUUUAUAUGAUUGUAUUUUUCCCCUGGGUCAGGAACGUUUCUCCCCUAGUUUAAAUAUGUACAUAUAUAUAUAUUCCAUUUCUGCUUGUUAUGGGGUUUUUGUUUUUUGUUCCGGUGACCUUGUGGAUAGCACAGAUGAAGGUAUUUUGUGUCACUGUGGACCAAGAGAGACUAGAGAACUGUGGGUGCCUUAAAGCCCCUAGACCCGAUUCAUCAGCCUGAUUUCUGCCAGCCCUUUGUUUAGAACAAAACUUGCCAUUAUGAGGUUUACUGUCGAUGACCCUGUCUGAUGUACCUGCUCUGUGGGUAUAAUUAUAUGUUUGUGUUUUGUUUUUUCACUGAAAAAUCAAUAAAAAGAAAGUUUAAAAAAAAAAAGAUGCAUAAACAUCAAGAAGCUUAACAACUGAAGGAGACUGAUAUGAAGGCAGAGACAUGGACAGCUGAACAAACUGUUUCUGUAAAUGUCCUGUUUAUAUAAGCUAUAACAAGCUUUAAUUUCAUGUAGUUCACAGUGCUUAUGGACCUGAACAUGAUAAAUGGACAAGUAUAAUUUUGUCUGUCUGGGACUUGAGGUCAUACACCUGUACUUGGAGGCAGCAGAUCUAUUUUUCUUGAAGUAGAAAUAGAAAAAUGUCCCUGUCUUCACUUCAAGGCAACAUUGUAAUGUAACAUGUAAAACUGUAGUGAGUAUUAUUACUGCAUCUGUCUGCUCUUUUAUAUACAAACCAUCAUCUUUUAUACCACAGUUUCAAUGAAUGUAUAUUAUUGUUUUUUUAAUGUAAGUGGAAUGUUUCAAUCCAGAAUAAAAUGUU